GAGAAAACAAGAACUAGAAACUAGGUGAGGUUGGGUUUCCUUUUUGAGGGAACACAUAACCAUUAAGAUAAGGAACUGCACUUUUUUAUUUUUAUUUGGUUUAGCUUUGCUUGUGAAGUUGGCUUCGUUUUCUGCAAUUCCCACUUCACGAAGCCAAACCCUGCGUCACCCCAAAAACUAACACAAAGCAAGAAGAAAAAAAAAAAAAGGAAAAAGAAAAACAAAUUUUGUUCUUAAAAAAAAGUAAAGCAAAAAAUAAAGCAAGAUAUUAUUAAUAUUGUUGCUAUUAUUAUUGUUACAGUUUUUCAUUUGUCUUGUCCCUUUAUUUUUCGAUUGGAUCUGAGGCUCUUCAGAGUUGCAGAAAGGCACACGCCAAAGUUGCUUCGCUUUCUUGGAGUGUGGUUUCGCUUCUCUUUGUUCUAAGCACACACAACUUGUUCCAUAGCGAUGGAAGAGGCUUUCUUGCUCUGCAAUUGCAUUGCCAUUUUUCUACUUUGAUCGGCUAAUUAAGGAUUUCUCUUAAUGGAGUCAACUGUUGAUGGACUUGAGUCUAUAUCAGACGUUCAGAAUUCAGUUUCUGUGAUAGAGCAUGAUCCUCCUUCCACUUCUGGGAUUCCAAGAUCUUCUCGGCCUCCAUUAAGAGCAUCUAAAAAUAACGGGGCUUCUUCUAGUCACCAUAACUAUGGAAUGAAGACCAUCCUCCAUCAAAAGCAUGCUUAUCAUGAGGCUCACGAUGUUGAACAUGAUAAAAUGCCCAACAUGGAAAAGCCGGAUUAUAGCACUAAUGGCAAAUCUGACUAUGUGAGCCUUAAUAAAGAUGUUGAAAGUUGCUUAGGGAAGAAUAUUUCCACAAUGGAAACAAAAUUAAGCAUCAAACAAUCAUUUGAUGCUUCCAAGAAUUGUGAUUCUAGUGGUGUAUUAGAAUCUGAUAAUUGCAAAUUAGGUUCCUCAAAAGGAGUUGUUGAUGAAACAAAGAGUUGCUGUCACUCAGAGAUUACUUUCUGUCCAAGUCCUCAGAAUAGUUUCUAUUCAGAAGCCAAAGAAAGUUUCACCAAUACUGGAGUCAGUGAAUGUGUUAGUGUUGAUAAGUCAGUUGAAAGUGGAGAAGUUACUAAUUCCUGUGAAUUUAAUGAGAGCCGGAAGACCAGCAUCUAUAGAGGGAGUACUGGAAGUGACGUUAGUGAUGAGAGCAGCACCAGUAGUUUGACCAGUGCUUUGUAUAAACCCCACAAGGCUAAUGACAUAAGAUGGGAAGCAAUUCAAGCCAUCCGAGCUCGUGAUGGGGUGUUGGAAAUGAGGCAUUUCAGGUUGUUGAAGAAAUUGGGAUGUGGAGACAUAGGAAGUGUAUAUCUGGCUGAGUUAAGUGGCACAAGGACUUGUUUUGCAAUGAAAGUCAUGAACAAAACCGAGCUGGCAAGUCGCAAGAAGCUUGUUAGGUCUCAGACAGAGAGAGAGAUAUUGCAGUCUCUAGAUCAUCCAUUUCUACCCACAUUAUAUACUCACUUUGAGACAGAGACAUUCUCCUGCUUGGUAAUGGAGUUUUGCCCUGGUGGGGACUUGCAUGCACUCAGGCAAAGACAACAUGGGAAGUAUUUCUCAGAGCAUGCUGCCAGGUUUUAUGUGGCGGAGGUUCUCCUUGCUUUGGAGUACCUGCAUAUGCUUGGGAUCAUCUACCGAGACCUUAAACCCGAGAAUGUGUUGGUGAGAGAAGAUGGUCAUAUAAUGCUAUCAGACUUUGAUCUCUCUCUAAGGUGUGCUGUCAGUCCAACUCUGGUGAAGUCAUCAAACUCUAGCUUGGAGACCAAAAAUGCAGGAUACUGCAUUCAACCAGCCUGCAUUGAGCCAACUUGUGUAAUGCAGCCAGACUGCAUCCAACCUUCAUGUUUCACGCCACGUUUUCUAUCUGGAAAAUCCAAGAAAGAAAAGAAGUCCAAACCAAAGAAUGACGUGCAAAACCAGGUGACCCCUCUCCCGGAGCUCAUUGCCGAGCCCACAAAUGCUCGAUCAAUGUCCUUCGUGGGUACACACGAGUACCUGGCACCUGAAAUCAUCAAAGGCGAAGGGCAUGGCAGUGCAGUAGACUGGUGGACAUUUGGGAUAUUCUUAUACGAGCUCUUGUUCGGUAGAACACCAUUCAAAGGUUCAGCAAACCGAGCAACACUAUUUAAUGUUGUUGGUCAGCCCUUAAAAUUUCCAGAAUCCCCUACUGUCAGCUUUGCUGCCAGGGACUUGAUCAGGGGUUUACUGGUGAAAGAGCCUCAGCAUAGGCUCGCCUAUAGACGUGGAGCUACAGAGAUUAAGCAACAUCCAUUCUUUCAUAAUGUUAACUGGGCACUGAUCCGUUGUGCAAAUCCUCCAGAGGUUCCAAGACAGGCCAUGAAAGCACUUGCAGCUGAAAAGGUGCCUGGUGUGAAGCCUGCUGGUAACUAUUUAGAUAUUGAUUUCUUUUGAUUCUAAUGUCUGUUUUCUCCUUUGAACUAAUUUCCAUCUUUUAUUUGUGUUGUUUGUCAAUGGUUCUUUCCGUUGUAUAAAAUGAUGCAAACAACUACAUUGAUGAACGCUUGUAAUUGUCCAUGAUAAACUGUUGUAAGAAACUCUAAAGUGCAUUAAAUUGAGUAGCAAAGUUUCUGGCCUCUUUUUUUGUC